CAAGCAGAGCCGCAGACAAACGCGCAGCGUAGAAGGAGCAGAGCGGCCAUUCACUGCCGUCCUGUUCCGCCCCAGGCUCCAGAAACGCACGCGCGCCCCAGAGCUGAGCAUUCGACUGACUGACUGAGGCGGCGGCGGCCGCCGCGCGGCAGGAGCGAGCGAUCCCGCCCCCUAUGGCGCGGUCCAAGAACGGCUGCCUCAAGAUCCUCGUCUGCGCCGGCUCCGGAUCCGACCCCUCCGCCGGCUCCGACGCCGACGCCGACGACCACCCCGACGAGAACAAGGCCAUAUCAGAUAAAAGCAGGUGGAGCUUUCGUAGGAGGUCUACAAGGCAUCGGGUUUUGAAGAACUCUGAUAUCUCAGAACCUGAAACUCUUAGUUCGAGCAAAGCAAAGGCUGACAUUACACCAAGCAACAAUGUUUAUACUUCAACAUACUCUUAUGCCUCGGAGAAGCCUCUCCAGCAAGACAAGCCAGAUGAGAAGAUUCUACAUGAAGAGAAGCCAGAGGAGAAGCCUCUGCAUCAAGAGAUGUCUGAUGAAAAGCUGAUGGAGAAGCCAGAGGAGAAGCCUCUGCAUCAAGAGAUGUCUGAUGAAAAGCUGAUGGAGAAGUCAAUUGGAAAGCCUGUUGACAAACUUAUGGAAGAACCAGUUGACCAGAUAAUUGAAAAGUCGAUUGAACAGCCAGCUGAGAAGACAACUGAAACAGAAACUGAAGAGCCAGCCCCAAAAAUUACUGACGCACCAACUGAAGUGCCAGCUGAAAAAACAAGUGAGGCAGCAUCUGAAGAUCCAACUGAAAGGAUAAUGGAAAAUCCAAUUGAAGAGACAACUGAGAGGGAAGUUGAGGAACUGAUUGAAAAACCAACUGAAAGUAUUUCUGUCGCAUCAACUGAGCCAGAGCAGGAGGAAACCGCCUCACUUGUUGAAGGAAGCAGUGCGGACCGUGAGGAGGAUCACUUGCAGUCUGCAGCUACUGAUCUUCAGCCUGACAGUGGGACAUCCAUUGCAGGGCAAGAACUAUUGAAUCAGAAGGAUCUGGUGAAACUGCAAGCUAUUGUACGUGGACGUCUAGUUAGAAAGCAGGCUGCAGAAUCUUUGCAUUGCUUGCUUGCAAUCCUUAAAAUUCAAGGAUUAAUCAGGGCUCGUCAAGCACAGCAAUCAGGAGAGAAGGUUCAGGAGACUAUUGUGCAUUCUUCAGGUGAGAAAUUGCUUCGCAAUGGAUUUGCUCUCAAGCUCAUGGACAGCAUGCCGACUCCAAAAUCCAUUCACAUAAAAUGUGAUCCUUCAGAAUCUGAUGUCACAUGGAAAUGGAUGGAGAGGUGGACAUCCUUGAUUCCACCAAUCACUGGGGAGCAGUUGCCAGAGCACAGAGAAAAUGGCGAGUUGAUGGGUGAGAAUGUGAAAGAAGAUGCUCAGCAUGAUGACGAGAUUGUUCCUUUGGGCUCAGAUCUAUCUUUCCCCAAGUUGGUGCCUGAAGAUGUGAAAGAGUCACUAUGGACAUCUGAUUCUAGUGCCUUGGAGGCUCCUGCAAGUAUCCCAGAUGAAACCUCUGAGGUGGAAAUCAGACGUGACCCUGAAUCAGAGUUGAUUGAAAAUAUUGAUAUAUAUGCUGAGCAAGUGACUGACCAAAAGACUGAAAAUGCUGUGGACGAGUUUUUGAUGUCCUCGGAUCAACAAUCUACCCAACCUGAUGCAUCAAGUGAACCCAGCCCUCUUCCUGAAAAACCUGAAUCAUCCAAUGAGGACAGUGGUGAUGCAUAUAGUUCUGAGCAGACACUGGAGAUGGAAGGUAAAAGGUCUGUGGUGAGAAAGUCAUGCAAUCCAGCGUUUGCUGCUGCACAAUUGAAAUUUGAAGAGCUGAGUACAAAUUCGACAGUCAGCAGGUCCAGCAGCUCAUCGUAUCUGGAUGGGGCAAGCAAGUCAAGGGCGCAUACUCCUCGUUCACAAGAAGAUUACUCGUCAAAGCAAGAUAAUGACACGGGCCUACCAGAAAGCUCGGUUGGUCAUGAUGCUAAAAUGGUAAUUGCUGCUUCAGAAUGUGGGACUGAGAUUUCAAUUUCCUCUACCCUGGACUCACCAGAUAGAUCAGAAGGUGAUGGUGGGGAGAUUGUAUUGGAGAUUGGAGCUCUGGAAAAUAGAAACUAUGUUUCUGACAAAGCUAAUAAGGACGUCAGUAUUGUGCAUUCUGAAGUGAAAAAUGCUCCUGAAGUAGACGCCGAGCUGCAAAAGGAGGAACAACAGAAUGGCCAUGUUGCUGACCCUGAAGUAGAAGCUCAGCCACAAGAGGAGCUUGUUCAGGAACCACAUGUUGAACCAGAAAAAUCAGAUUUGCACGACCAUGCUGAAAAACCUGUAGAAUCUUAUGCCACACCUGAAGGAACUCCGAUGAGCCGAGCCACCGUUCCAGAAUCUCACGGAACACCAUCAAGUGAGGUCUCUGUUAAUACCCAAAAGAACAGGAGCAAAAAGCCCAAGUCCCAUGCAAGCAAGAGGUCCCUGGCUAGUCCCAGCAGUGAUUCAGUAGGACGGAGCAGCACAGAAAAUUUCUCGAAGGAAUCAAGGCGUGCCAAGAGAGAGAACUCAAGCAACGCUGCUAAAUCCGACGCCACCGACCAAGAACCUCGUAUAAGCAACAGCAACCCGGUGCCAAGCUACAUGCAGUUUACAGAAUCUGCAAGGGCAAAGGCGUCUGCUAGCGCAUCCCCAAAGAUGAGCCCAGAUGUGCAGGACAGCAACCCUAGGAAAAGGCAUUCGUUGCCCAUGACAAAUGGCAAGCACGAUUCAUCUCCCCGCAUGCAACGGUCAUCGUCCCAGGCUCAGCAAAACGUGAAAAGCAAUGGUGCUGUUCCUCACAACUCAUCUGACAAGAGGUGGCAUAUCUGAUGAGUUGUCGGAGCAGCAUACCCGCGCGGUUCCAUCGAAUAUCUAGAUGGGUUUCUCGUGAUGACUUGCCUUCUCCGCGUGUUCCAUCUAAUUCGUCAGUUCUUUUUCUUUUUCUUGAUUCGUUGUUGGAAUGCAGAGUAUGGUUGGAAGAAGGGCAGCAGCUGCCGCUUGAUAUGUGUACAUUUGUUGGUUGUUAUUGGUUGUGUCAUUUGACUGAUGAUAGUGGUUUCUGUGUGUAAUAUAUAUCCUUGACAUGUAACGCAACAGCGGCCUGAAGAGUGUGUGGAUUGGUCUGUUACAUUUGGCAAUAUUCAAGUUUCUGUUAGUGUGGAUAGAGUUCUCU